UCAGUAUACUUUUAACAAGUUAGAAAACAUCGCAAUAAAUUUUGCCUUUGCAAUUAAGCAUCAUUUCAAAAUGGACACAAGGAUUGGUUUGCUGUUUUUGUUCACGAUUUCAUCAUGCAUCGCUCUGGAAUGCUCCACCUGUACGCACGUCGCAAUCGAAUACACCAACAUGCCGGCCAGUAUCGAAGGUCCACUAAAUGCUCAGAUGUCGACCCUGAAUUCUUUAAGGAACGAGCAAUGUGUUAGCAAUUCAGCCCCGACAGAGACUUGUGAAGUGGCUGGUCCAGGUUUCAAUGACACCUGUACUAGCUUAACAUUUACCAUGACGUGUAUGGGGUUCCAAACCGCUGAUUUGGCGAAUGCCGGGAUGACGAUUGAAAUAGUGGACCGGGAGUGUAGCGCGUCGCCGGAAGGCACCGAGGACACAUGCCGCAAACUGAAUACACUUGGAGGCGCCGAGAGUCAAGCCGCCAUCUUACUAGCACUCCAGUCACUUACCACACAAUUUGAUUCCGUCAAAUAUAAUGGCGAGUACUGCACCUCAACAACCAACAGCGGGUCAUCCACGAUGAUAUUGAUGCCAUCAGUUGCGGUUGUGUUGAUUGCUUCGUAUCUUGUGUAAUACAUAGAAGAAUGUGUAUAUCGAGUAAAGGAAAUAUAUUCCUGCUUUAGGGAUUUUGAGUAGUUUGUAAUCAUCUUAUUGUGUGUAUGGACGUUGUUGACGAGAUAACUCUGCAUGUUUUUGUUCCUGUGAUUGUUUUUUAGU